UGCUGCUGCAAUCUACAAUCAAGCUCGCUGGAUAGCACAUUUCGAGUGCGUGCUUGGUAGACAUCAACCCUUGCACUGCACCAGUCCUUUGAUCCACACCCACAAUGCUAGCACUACCACAACCCACCAUCGAUCAGUCAUCCGCAUACACCUUGCUGGAGAAGCUGGGCACGGGCAGCUUUGGCACAGUAUGGAAAGCGGUCCACAAUGUCACCGAACAGGUCGUGGCCAUCAAAAUGAUCGACCUCGAGUCGACCGACGACGAGAUUGGUGAAAUCCAGGCCGAGAUUGCCCAUCUUUCAACCUGCUCGUCAGACCAAGUGACUCGAUACUACGGCAGCUUUGUCAAGGGGUACCGACUGUGGAUUGUCAUGGAGUAUCUGGGUGGUGGAAGCUGCCUUGAUCUGCUCAAGCCAGGCGUAUUCACAGAAGAGCAAGUCGCCAUUGUUUGCCGCGAGCUCCUCGUUGGACUAGAGUAUCUCCACUCGGAAGGAAAGAUUCACCGUGAUAUCAAGGCUGCCAACGUCCUUCUUUCGGAAAAUGGAGAAGUCAAGCUCGCCGACUUUGGAGUUGCGGCACAGCUGUCGUCGCACAAAUCCCAGCGGCACACCUUUGUGGGAACGCCAUUCUGGAUGGCCCCAGAAGUGAUUCGCCGCGAUGGAUACGACUCAAGGGCCGAUAUUUGGUCCCUCGGCAUCACUGCCAUGGAGAUGGCAAAGGGGGAGCCGCCGCUGGCCGAGUUCCACCCCAUGCGAGUCCUCUUCCUCAUCCCGAAGGAGAAGGCUCCAAGGCUGAAAGGGGAUCAGUGGAGCCAGGACUUCAAGGACUUCAUCGCGGCCUGCCUUCAGAAGGCACCGGAAAGUCGUCCGACCGCCCACGAUUUGCUGCAGCACCCCUUCAUUCGCUCUGCUCUCCCAACCACCCGCCUGAGGCCCCUUGUCAAGCGCUACGAGCUGUUCUGUCACCGUAACAACAAGCCUAUUGGCUCCAUUAGGCUGCCUGGAACGGUUGUUGGGCAGCCCGUGCGCGCGGAAUGGGACUUUGACGAGACGAUCCGAGGAACGAUGAAGGGAAUGCCUGUCAACUUGGAUCUUGCCUCGUUGGACAGGACCCCAGAUGAGCCCUCAGACGAUCAGAGACACACGGGUUCCCUCGUGAGAGCUCGUCAUUUGGAUCUGCCUGACGUGACGCAGUCUGUCUCGGAAGAGAACGCUCCAACAUUGAAGGCCGAUAAGGCCGGCAACCGUCCCCAAGCGCAGGAAUUUGGCGAAAGCACGUCCACCGUGCGUCGGAUUCAGAAGGACAAUGCGGCGUUGCCUAGUCAGUCUGGGUCGUCUCAACGCGAGGCAGGCAGCGCGCUCGUCUCGGAGGCAGUGUUCCCGGUGCUGGAUGGGCUUGGCGAGCUUCAGUCCAGAGACAAGGACGCGGUGGAUCUUCUCCGAACAGGUUUCACCGCUCUUGGAAGGAAUAACCCCGAACUCGUCUUCCGCAUCGUCACGGGGGUCAUGGACGAGAUCCAAAGCAGCAACAGCGCUUCUAGCAUCCUCAACAACACACCCGACCUUGACCGCUCCAAGAAUGAGAAGCGCCAGGCUACCGCCAAGUCGGAUUUGAUUCUUGAGCGGGGCCCACUUGCCGACCUACUAUACCGACGUUGGCUGGAUGGCGCUCGGUUACAUGCUGGGGCUCCUUGA